CAAAGCAAUGCAAUUGGCUCCUUUAACAAGGUGACAUUGCAAAGUAUCUUCUUGGGUUGGAAUCUGCAUUGUCUUGCCAUAAAUGCAUGUUUGUGUAUCGCUUGCGUAAGCAGUGAGCGUCUGAAAGCCAAAAUACAUUCAUACCAUGCAUGGGUUUCUAAUUUUUUCUGGUUAAUCCAACAACUCAACGAUUCUGUUAACUUUUUGGCUACUGUACUACGAUAUUCUUAUAGUUCUAAUACGGGGAUCAAUAUCCUUGCUGUUUUUUGUGUGCAGGGAAGUCCAACAUAGAAACGUUGUCCGAUUUGUUGGUGCAUGUACAAAAGCUCCUCAUUUAUGCAUAGUAACAGAGUACAUGCCUGGAGGAAGCCUUUAUGAAUAUAUACACAAGAAUCACAUUGUCUUGAAUCUCCCUCAAUUGCUUCAGUUUGCAAUUGAUGUCUGCAGUGGAAUGGAGUACUUGCAUCAAAACAACAUAAUUCACAGGGAUCUUAAGACAGCAAAUUUGCUUAUGGAUAAUGACAAAGUUGUUAAGGUAGCAGAUUUUGGCGUUGCUCGGUUCCAAAAUCAAGGGGGUGUGAUGACAGCAGAGACUGGUACAUACCGAUGGAUGGCCCCUGAGGUUAUUAAUCAUCAACCAUACGAUCAGAAAGCAGACAUAUUCAGUUUUGCUAUUGUUCUGUGGGAGCUUGUCACCGCUAAGGUUCCAUAUGAUACGAUGACUCCUUUACAAGCUGCCCUGGGAGUGAGACAGUUUUGGUUGUUUGUAUAUCAAGUUAUAUCAUAAGAUAAAAUA